CUUACAGGAUUUUUUAUGUCCUUACAAUAAUAAAAGGAUAUUAAAACCAACCACAUCAGAUUAUUGUUAAAAUACAAUUUAAAUUAUUUUAUCAUGUAUUCUAUGACACCUUUAAACAUUACGUUGCAACAUUACGUUAUUUUUGAACUGCAACUCAAAUAAGCUCUAAAUGGAAAAUUUUCCAGAUUGAAAAGUAAAAGUGUUACUGUCUGAAUUGCUUUUGCUCAUUACAGAAAUAUGUAUCUCACAGGAAAACCCAAGCAGAUCUUGGUGCUAUGUGGAAGUGAUGCAAAACUGAAGAACUCAAUAUCAAAUCUUAUAAGAGGAAAAAAGAAAAGCCUUACUCACUCACAACCAAGAAAUCAAAAUGAAGAGGAGAGUUUGAGGACAGAUGUGGAUCUUUAUGGUCGUCAGAUCAGUCUUGUGAAUCUUCCAGCUCUCACUCGUCUCUCAGAGGAGGAAGUGAUGCAUCAGACUCUCCGCUGUGUGUCUCUCUGUGAUCCUGGAGUUCAUGCUUUCCUCAUCAUUAUUCCUGUUGGUCCACUGACUGUUGAAGAUAAAGCAGAAAUAGAGAAGAUCCUGAAGAUAUUUGACUCUAGAGAUCACUUCAUUCUGCUCUUCACAACAGAGCUUCCUGUUGAAGGAUUUGUGACAGAUUUUGUUAACAUCUACACUGAUAGUCAACAGUUGAUCAGUCUUUGUGGAGGUCAGUACAGUGUGAUUGGGUUAAAGAAACCUGAAGACUCAACACAGAUCCCAGAACUGCUGGAGUAUAUAGAGAAGAUGAAGACUGAACCAUAUUCAUUUCAAAUGUAUGUGAAAGCUCAAGAGAGCAGAGUCAGAUGUGAAACAGAGGAGAAAUGUAAAGAAAAACUGAUUAAAAUGGAGAGUAAAAUCAAACAACUGGAACAGACAUUUCAGACAUACUUUGCUGAACGUUUAGAAGAUCUGCAGUGUCUGAGGAUUGUGCUGAUUGGAAGAACAGGAAGUGGAAAGAGUGCAACAGGAAACACUAUUCUGGGAAGAGAGGAGUUUUACAGUAGAAUGAGUACAAAUUCUGUGACGACUGUCUGCAAGAAAGGAGUUGGAGAAGUUGAUGGUCGAUCAGUAGCUGUUGUUGAUACUCCAGGGCUCUUCGACACAACACUGACAAAUGAUCAAGAGGUGGAAGAAAUAAUGAAGUGUGUUUCACUGUCAGCUCCUGGACCUCAUGUGUUUGUCAUUGUGUUGAGUUUGGGAAGAUUCACCAAAGAGGAGACAGAAACUAUAGAUCUGAUCAAGAAGAUAUUUGGUCCACAAGCUGCUCAGUUCAGCAUCGUUCUGUUUACCAGAGGAGACGAACUCAAAGAUCAAUCUAUAGAGGAUUAUCUGAAGAGAAGCAAAUUUGCAGAACUCCAGAAACUGAUCAGAGAUUGUGGAAACAGAUUCCUGGUGUUCAAUAACAGAGAAAAACAAGACAGAACUCAAGUGAUGAAGCUGUUAAAGAUGAUUGAAGAGGUGAAGAGUAAUAACCAGGGUGGAUACUUCACUAAUGAAAUGUUUGAGGAGGCAGAAAUGUCCAUUAAGAAGAAGAUGGAGGAAAUCAUGAAAGAGAGAGAAAGAGAGAUUCAGAAACAGAGAGAAGAGUUACAAGACAAAUAUGAGGAGGAGAUGAAGAACAUGAAGAAGAGACUCGAGGAAGAAAAACAAAGAGCAAAAGAGGAGAGAAAGAAAAUGGAGAAUAAACUGAAGCUGAAAGAGGAAAAACUCAGAAAAGAGUUUGAAGAGAAGGAGAAAACAGAUCAGAAGAAAAGAGAGAUUGAAAACCAGAAACGGUUAGAAGAGGAAAAACAGCAGAGAGCUGAAUAUAAUCAGAGAAUAGAAGAAAUGAUGAGAGAGAUCGACAAUCAGAGAUCACAGUAUGAACAACAGCAGAAAGAAAGAGAAGAAGAAGACAGAAAGAGAGAAGAGAAAUACAGACAAGACCAAGACAAGAUGAAAAGUGAACAAGAGCGAAUUAUAGCAGAAUUAAAGAGGAAACAUGAAGAAGAAACAAAACUGAGAGAUUUAGAGAAGAAAAGAAGAAAUGAAGAAGAAGAGGGGGAGAGACAGAGGUGGAAAAGAAGAAUAAAAGAAGCUGAAAAUGACAGAAAAGAGAUUCAAGAGGAAAUUAAACGACAGCAGAGAGAAUGGGAGGAUGAGAUGAAGAGAAGGUUUAGAGAACGAGAGGAAGAAGAAAGAAAAAGAAAAGAGAAACACGAAGAACAACUGAGAGAAAAACAAGAAGAACUGGAGAAAAUGAGAAAGAGAUUUGAAGGAGAAAGAGAAGAAGAACGACGG